UAGUGAGAGAACUCGCGAAUCGCGUGUCUGUUUUUUCGUUUUAGUGCGCCAGAAAUCCUUGCGUUUUCGAUUAGUGUGGAUGAAAUAAGCCAUCAACAGGGGCUGUUUCGAAAAACGCAAAUUGAACCGAAUCAGCACAAUAUGCUAAGGUCAUUUGAAUGAGGGGAAAACAAGUGAAACUCUGUCAUUUCUUGGAGCAGCGUGCAAUUUGAAAUUGAAAUCCACCAGCGGCAGCCGCGCCACGUUGAACGGUGGAGGUCUAUUUUCGAAUCGAUUGAGUUGAGCCAAUUUGGGAGAAAAGCAUCAAUAGAACGAACAAGGAAGGCAAGUGAAAAGUGUUUUCGUACCUGAUAGGACUUUUUUUUACUGAUAAGGUCGUGACGCGGAGUGAUAAGGUAAAGGUGAAGGCAUCCGUGUGUUGUCAGCUGUCGAUACUAGAAAAAAAAAAAAACAAAUACCUGGCAGUAGUGGGAUCGUAUUGUUUGAUCAGUGUGUGCAUAGAAGUUGAGCACUCCGUUGAUUGGAUGAAAUUGUGGCAGCGGUUGUAAAAUAAUGCCGGCACAUUGAGUCGGACCGCCCAAACAAAAGCGCUCGAAUUGCUGCAACCCACCGACUUGUAAGCCUAGAUGGUGUUGCACACAUUCGACAAACAGGUGUCGCCAGGUGUAGGAACCAUUCUUCCUCGAAGUUUUCCACGCAAUGUCCUCGAAACCCGCGACGCCGCUCGAGCAGCGGCGUGCUUUUCCGGGCGAAAGCGACAGCACACGGAUUCCGAUGCUUUCGCCAACACCGUUUCGCCGGUCGUAUUCCUUGCGGAUGCGCACUAGCCAGAGCUUCCAUGACUACCAACAUUACCGCGAGUGUGAGUGUGGUAGUGGAAAUAUGCAUCAUCCAGCGAAUCUGUCCGGUCCAUCGUCGUCGUCGUCCAACGUAAAAGUGAAAAAUUCCCUCGCCAAUGGGGGCAAAUCGAUCAGUCACCACCAUCAUCAGCUGCGGGCCGACACAGUGGAGCCUUUCUGUGCGGCAGCAGCCCUCGGCAAGCCCGGUGGCAGCAGCAAGGAUACAUCGCCCUCGGCUGGCUGCAGCGGCAGUACACUGCUACCCAAUGGCGUAAUCGUACACGGCCAUAAUGCACACACCGCGACGUCACCGAGCUCCGGGCAGAAAUCUUCGUCCUCGCAGUCGACCCGCAAGAAUAGCCUGCAGAAAAAUGAUCGGGGAAUGUCUUUGAAUCUAAUCAACUCUGGGCACAGCGCCAGUUGUAAUAGUAGCGCCCAGCGAUCACCCCGCAGACCGCACACCCCUUGCGAGUCGGCUUCCACGCCGGGACACGGUCACGGACUGCACAAGAGCAGCCUUAGCCCGAAGACGCCGCCGGUUUCACCGGAAUCGCCGGCCACUAGCUAUUUGGAUGACGAUUUGGAUUCCCUGCGCAGCUACAGCUCAGUGGCGAGUGGAAUGUCGUGCGACCAUCCGUACGUGGCCCGCAAUGGCACCACGUUCAGUGGCCGUAAGAUGAAAUACGUAGUACAUUGCUCGAGUCAUGCCGGACAGACGGGUGAGGACUACCUUACCCCGACCCAGCGGGCUCAGCGCCAGAUCAGACGACUGAAGGAGCUGCUCUCGCAGGCUCGCAUAGACCUGGAGCAGCGUGAUACUGAAAUUCUAAGACUUACCAAAGAGGUUGUUGAGCUGCGGCUCUUCAAGGCAUCGCUCAGUUCCCCGGAGGAACGUUCAAACUCCAGUGACGCCGUAACGGUGCGGGAGAACACCACCAAUGAUGCAAACACGCCCAGCUCUCAGGGCAUUUCACCGAUUGUGGAUCAAACGGAUGAGUGUAGCAAAGCCAGUCCCCGGCAUCAUCUGCACAAUCAUGGCAUCCACCAGGUGCAGUUCAUGGACAAGAUGUCCACCUCGGAGAUGCAAAGCUCGUUUGCCGAUUCGGGACAUUUCGAGGACAUUACGACCUCGUCGAUUCACUCCAAGGAUUCGUACGUACACACGCAGGAUCGUGCUUGCGGAAGCGACGAUGACAUCGAUGCCGAGAAGCAGCGGCUUAUCGAGAUGUACGAAGCUCGCAUUGAGGAGCUGGUUAAACAGCAACAGGCAGACGAACAGCAGAAUCGCAUGUCCAACAAUGAUCGCGUUGAGGCUUUGCUGCAGAAAUUGUCCGAGUCGAACAGCAGAUACUGUGAUCUGGUUCCAGACUACGAGCAGGCCAAAGAGCGAAUCCGGGAGCUUGAGAAGCAACUGGAAGAGCUCCACACGCAGCUGCAAGAGCAGGAAGGCAAAGCCAACAAGAUGUAUCUGCACAUGUACGCCAAAGGACAGGAAGCGGAACGGCAGCAGCACGCCGAUCGCGUUAUUGAUUUGGCACGCCAGUCGCCCAGUCGAGUCUCGGUACCGGAACUGAUGCAGCAACUUCAGGUCACCCAGGAGGAAUUGGAGAACAUACGGGAUACAAACUAUCAGCCAGAAAGCGGAACCUCACAGGUUUUACUGAGCGCAAAAGAAGCAAUAUCGCUGUGGCUUUUGGGCGCCCGGAAGACCAUGUACAAGCGGCUGAUAGAUGCCCAGCAAACGAAGAACAAGGUCGACCCGGAAGUUACGCUGCAGUUCCUCAAGAGCGCCAUCUACUACUUUCUCACGGACAAGGAGAACUCCCAAGGACAUCUGAAUGCGAUCGAGAGCAUCCUCGGAUUCUCGGCAACGGAAAAAUCCAACAUCGACAAGGCGCGAGCUUACAAGUGAAAUGAUGAUAAAUAUUAUGCAAAAUGUGACUAUUGUUAUGACUAGAUAUAAAAUUUUAAAUGUUGCAAGCAAACCAAUUAUCAAUUACACAUUGAUUACAUUCAAAAACAAAGAAAACCACACAAUACUAAUAAUAGACAGCUAAUUUACUUGCAAUCGAGUGUUGUAGUAGACAAAUAAAAGAAACAGAAAAGAUAAAGGCAGCAAAUUUCACGAGAUGCGUAUUUUUAGGACAAAAAAUUGUGAUUGUUACAGACUUUUGUUGCUCUACGUCUAGAACGGUAUUUUAAAUGAGUUCCUUUUUAAUAUUUAUUCAGCAUUCCACCAAACGAGUCAUCUGACGUAAACUAGAUUCGAUGGUUUUUAAAAUACGUUUUGCUUUCUAAUACUAUUUUAUGCGAUAUACGUUUUAGAAUUGGUUCAUGGUUCUAUCGAUUUUCGGGGUCCUAUUGCUGAAUCGCCUAUCAACGCCUCAACGAAAGUAUUAUAGCGAAUUAAACAGUUGUUGGAUGAGCAAGCUUUCAUAGAAUUUAUACGAAUAGAUCAAAAAAUCACAAACAGUGUAGUAUACAUUUCGCAAAGUGAAUGAAAAUAGCAAAUUUCUGUUUUCCUAACAAUAUAUUGCUUUAAAUACAUCUCGAUAGAUGGCAACCGGAUUCGUCCAUGAUGAAACAUUAGCUUUCAUAUAAAAAAAACCUCACAGGCAUGUUUUUGACUCUAUAGCCGCAUCAAUUAAAUUAUUUAAUAGGAAAGAUACUUGACGAUACACAAGUAAUUAGACCCGCGCUCAUCAUUUACAGAUUCCAUUAUUUCCCUAUUUAAGAUACCAAAUGAAUAAUCUGUAGGUAGCUAAGAAUGCAAUUUUAUGUUCCAAAUCUAAAGUUUACCUAGUUUACUUAAAGACAAAACUGAUGCACAUUAAGUUUAUCAAUCAGAACAGCUCGAGUAGUGCCUAAUUUAGGAAAAGACAGAGAAACACCAGGAAAAUAAAUAAAUGUCAAAAAAUUCACCUUAACUAAAUUAAUCAAUUUCCAAAAGUUUGAUUCAACGUUUCAAAUAAUCAAAACUUAAUCCAGCAAAUGCAAAAAAAAAGAAAAGAGUGCAGCAAACCUUUCACCUAAAUAGAACAAGCGCUGGGAAUGAACGUAUACUAUAAUAAAUGUUGAAAAAUCGCAUCAGCAAUAGAGGAAAGGACAGUAGAAAAAUAGAGCGCGCUAACUGCAGAACAGUGUUGUCGAAAAUGCAAUGAAUUUUAUUCCAAACGUUGCAUACACAUCACAAACACACACACACACCACGAUAGGAC